CGAGUUGCCUAGAAGCAGAUGAGGGGCCCCCGGUGUGAGGCAGGACAGGGGCCACUACACAGGCAGCAGGAUGGAGAACCAGCGGUAUGGAGUGGUGAGGGAGUCCAUGAACAGCAACCAGCUGCUGCAGAAGGCAGAACUUGGGAAGACGAAGAGGAGAUGUUACUCUCUCCCCGGAGCAGACUUCACCUACGGCCUGAACAGUUUCCUGCAGGAGGGCGGAGUGGCGGAAGCACUCGGUCACUGGCAGACGGUCGCGGCGAGGGCUCAUCAGAGGAAACUGGAGAGUGACUUUGUCGCCCUGAACCGGGAAGCGGUGAAAUCCGGGCUGGUCACAGCACCUGAACAUCAAGCCUUCCGCAGCACCCACCAGAUCUGGCGCCCCGUCAAUGAAGGACGACUGAAACCGCGCGGUCAGCGCCUGCCGCAGAACAUGACCUAUGGCAUCUGCACCAGGCCGUCCACACCUAUAUACGACCUCAUAGAAAACAAGUACCAGCGGCUUUGGCUCGAGCAGCAGCAACAAGCGAGUGAGGCCCUGCGCGCCAUGUCCAAAGAGAAGAUCCAGUUGCGGAAGGUUCAGGACACAAGGACCACUCUGCUCCGGAGGUACCAGCCGCCCGCAGACCCGGCUCCUCUCUGGAAGCUUCCACGGUUUGAAAAGGUUGGUCCUCACCUUGACACCUUCCCCAGCGAGACGGCGCGACAACGAGCGUUCAGGGCCCACCAGUCGGAUGCCAUAGCCCGCCAGGGUCUCCACGGACAGGGGAUCUAUAACAUCAACUGAGACCCCUGAAGACUACAACCUCCAUCAUCUCUGUGCAGUGCAAUAAAACGUG